AUGGCAAGACACACAUCUCAGAUAGCUAAUCUUCUAUUCUAUAUUACUAUUGGACUCGUGCUUAUCGCUGCGGUUGAAUAUUUCAAGUAUUCAACCCGGAUUCAUUACGAAUGGUUUCACUGUACGCCAGUAAAGGAAACCAUUGUUCCUGGCUCUUCAGCGACAAAAAUGUUUGCAGUAGGUGGUCCCAGCUGCGAUAAACGGGGCGAACUCAAGACCUUGGUUAAGCGCAUUACAAGAGAUUUUGAAACAAAUCAAGAACGGGCAUCUUUCUGUAUACUUGAGAAUCCAAGAGUGUCACAUGUGCAUUAUCCAGUGGGAGAAAACAAAGGAGAACCAGGUUACAUUGCAUACGUUAGUUACGAUUCUGAUUUUGAUGCUAUUGCUGAUUAUUGUGCUGAUACUACAGUUCUUCAUAUCUAG